UAGACUAAUAGAGAAGGAAAACAAAAAAACCAAGUCAAAACCCUAAAACCAGUCCACUGAAGCUCGGUCGACUAUGGCGUCUUCUAACGUGGAAGAAGCUGGAGAAGAAGGAAACCCAGUUCCAAGGUUACAGAUUUACUCCAGCUCCACCAAUGGCGUCUCCCCCUUUUGGAGAGAGAAAUACGAAAGAGAAGCGAAGAAGUAUUGGGAUGUCUUCUACAAGCGUCAUCAAGACAAGUUUUUUAAAGAUCGACACUACUUGGACAAAGAAUGGGGUCACUACUUCUCUGGAGCAGGGAGAAAAACCAUAUUGGAGAUUGGCUGUGGAGCUGGAAACACCAUUUUUCCAUUGGUUGCUACAUACCCAGAUAUUUUUGUAUAUGCAUGUGAUUUUUCACAACGUGCUGUUAACUUGGUUAAGGCACAUAAAGACUUCAGAGAUUCACAUGUUAGUGCAUUUGUUUGUGAUCUGACUGUUGAUGACCUCAAAGAUCACAUAUCUCCGUCUUCUGUUGAUAUUGUAACCAUGAUUUUUGUGCUGUCUGCAGUGUCUCCAGAGAAGAUGUCUCUAGUGUUACAGAAUGUUCGAAAAGUUCUUAAGCCAGGUGGUUAUGUGCUGUUUCGUGAUUAUGCCACCGGUGACCUUGCUCAGGAAAGGUUAAUUAGCAAGGAUCAAAAGAUCAGUGAAAAUUUUUAUGUCAGGGGUGAUGGCACUCGUGCAUUCUAUUUUUCAAAUGAGUUCUUGACAAGCAUGUUCAAAGACAAUGGAUUUGAUGUUGAAGAACUUGGUUUGUGCUGCAAACAAGUUGAGAACCGAUCACGAGAGUUAGUAAUGAACCGGCGCUGGGUUCAAGCAGUAUUCUGCAUUUCAGAUGGUACAGACAGGUCUGCCAAUACUGAAGUUGCCAUUCAAAGCCAAGACAUCAUUUUGAACCACGCCAUGGACAAUGAUGAGGUUGAUAUAUCUGAUGGUGUGGCGGCGGAAAUGUUUGAUUGCAGUCUGUCCGAUGAUAAUGAGAUAAUCAAGAUAGGAGAUUGGAAUUUCGAGAUUAGAAGAUUAUCUAAGGAGCAUCAGCACACGUGUACAUCGACCGGUCUAAUGAUAUGGGAAUCAGCUCAUCUGAUGGCUUCAGUUUUAGCAAGAAAUCCAUCCAUAGUUUCUGAGAAAAAGGUUCUAGAAUUGGGCGCUGGUUGUGGAGGCAUCUGCUCAAUGAUUGCAGCUAAAUAUGCUGACCUUGUGAUCGCCACCGAUGGAGAUACAAAGGCGCUUGACCUGUUGACACAAAAUGUCACUUCAAAUCUCAAACAGCCAUUACUGGACAAAUUCAUUGUGAGGAGAUUAGAGUGGGGGAACAGAGAACACAUAGAAACAAUCAAGGAAGUAAACAACAAUGGUUUUGAUAUCAUUAUCGGCACUGAUGUCACAUACAUCGCUGAAGCUAUUUCGCCCCUAUUUGCCACUGCGAAAGAGCUGAUUUCUUCGAAUUGCAGCAUUAGUAAGGAUCAGCAACCUGGAUUGAUUCUGUGUCAUAUUAUACGGCGAGUGGACGAGCCAUCUAUACUCUCAACCGCGUCUCAGUUUGGUUUCAGGUUAGUCGAAAGGUGGCCCUCAGAAAAUCCCACCUCUGCAUCACAAAGCAUUAUGAGCUCAUGGUUUGCAGGGGAUGGUUCUGACCAUAUCCCAUGUACAGCAUUGAAUAUUUUGUACUUCUGCAUGGAAUAGUUGGGGUGGUUUUAGGGGUUAUAAUUUUCUUGAAUUUUUGUCAUAUCUUUUCCCCAUUUUUUCUUCUAAUUUCUUAUUUUUUAUUAUCAAAUUAUAGAUGUUUUGGUUAAAUUUGAGAAACCAUUGAAGUUAGUUUUA